GAAUGUUAUUCCCGUAUGUGUGUUAGGUUUUAUUUUAUUCCCGUGCUAAGGGCUAAAAUACCCCUCUUUUCCGGCUUGCCUCUGCGUGAUAUCUUCUUCUCCCCGUGUUGCGAAAAAUUCAUCGCUCCUAGGAACAUCUUUGCUUUCGGGCUUUUCGUAUCGCCCUUACCCACGUUUAAAAGAAUUAUCAGAAACCAGUCUACCGAGAACUUCUCGGGAUUGCCUUAUAUAUAUGCUCUCUUGAACUGCUUGAUCUGUACGUGGUAUGGCACGCCCUUGAUAUCUUAUGACAAUGUGCUGGUUAUGACGGUUAAUUCGAUCGGUGCAGUUUUUCAAAUGACCUACAUUAUCAUCUUCAUUGUGCAUGCUGAUAGAGAGAAAAAGGAUGAUUGGGUUGCUACUAGCAGUUUUUGGCUUUAUCGCAAUCAUAGUUGCUGGAAGCUUGCAGAUAGCCGACCGAGGAAUGCGAUGGAUCUUUGUUGGGUUAUUAAGUUGUGCUUCUCUCGUAUCAAUGUUUGCUUCCCCGUUGUUUAUAAUCUAAUUCGAACAAAGAGUGUUGAAUUCAUGCCAUUCUAUCUCUCCCUCUCAACAUUCUUGCUGAGCACCUUGUUCUUCCUAUAUGGCAUCUUUAACUUCGAUGCCUUUAUUUACGUUCCAAAUGGAAUCGGAACUGUGUUGGGGAUUCUACAACUCGUGUUGUACUUCUACUAUAAAACAAAGUCCUUCGAAUGAUCCCAAGAACCACUCAUGGUGUCACACGUGUGACUCUUGCUUUUUUCUUUGAAUAGGUAAUUACUUCUAUAUUCUGUUUCUAUGCUUCGAUGAUUUUCUGAUGGUAUGCUGGUGGAAAGUUUUUUUUAUGUUGAGGUGUAUAGUGACAAGAAUCUUGAUGUAUGGUCUCGUUUGUUGUAUUUUCCUGAGCGUGUUCCAUUUCUUUGUCUGAACAAAUUUGUUUGUCAACACUCUGAGUUAAUAAGGGGAAGUGUCUAGGCUUUGCAUACAUGAGCGAAGCAUAACCCGAUUUCUGCUUGAGACCGAUUCAAUUACAUAUGGCUACUAUUUUUGCA